CUUCCGCAGACCAUGUCUGCAUUUCUGCUUCCACUCCUUCUCUUAUUCUCCCACUUUCAUCGCGGAUACGGAUAUCAAGUUAAAGUCUCGGAAACAGACUCUAAUGGCCACCAGACCUGCAGCGGCAUGUGGGCUAACGAAAACACUUAUAUCAACACAACAUUCUCUCCAACUUCCGAGGGACAGCUUGCCAUGGUCAUUUACGAGUGGAAGGAUGUCCAAUUUCUGGGCAAGGUUACCUCGUUAUCCGACGAAGGAUUGCCGCAGAAAACAUACGUUUGCACUUCAAACUCACUUGCUGCGGGCUUCUGCACCCAAGAAGAGAUGGGGCGCUUCAUUAUUGAUCUGCCAAAGGGCACCCUUUUGAACUCGACUUCAUUCUGGAAUGCGCGCGUGGAGCUCCCCGCAAACCGAACAGACUCGAGCCGUAGUGAACCGACGAGUAACGGUUUUUGGAAUAAUCCUGCUGGAAAUCCAACCCCGCCGCCUGGAGGACACCCCACAGCAUGGAAACGCGACUUGAAUCCAAGCCCCCCAGGAAUUUUGAAGUACAACAGCACGAUACAUUAUCUCGUCAGGAAAACGGGUUACUAUUGCGUUGCCAUGGUUCCUGUCACUGUCAAGCACAACGACGAAGAUGCACAUGCCAAAUACCAGGCUUCGGUAUUUUUCCAGAACACGUUCGCUGGGAAGUUGCCAGCAACAGAUUAUCCGAAAGUUAACUUCUAUUUCGCAAUGUUCUUGGUCUAUAGUGUGUUUGCUCUCGCGUGGGGAUGGUUGUGCUAUCAACACGUCAACGAACUAUUGCCUAUUCAAUACUAUCUCUCGGGCCUUGUUGGCCUUGUGGUCAUUGAAAUGGUUGCUAACUGGGCUUACUAUCGCUAUCUCAAUGCCCACGGGAAAGGCACGGCAUCCACUGUAUUCCUCAUCGUCGUUGCUAUUCUUGAUGCUGGCCGCAAUUCCAUGUCAUUUUUCAUGCUCUUGGUUGUCUCCCUUGGCCUCAGUGUUGUCCGCGAGUCACUUGGACGCACCAUGAUUAAAUGUCAAGCCCUGACUGGUGCCCACUUCAUAUUUGGCAUCCUUUAUGCCGUUGGUAUAGUCGAACUUGAACUGGAAUCAACAUCUGCUUUCAUUCUCCUCAUGUUUGUCAUCCCUCUGGCAUUCACACUAAGCGGAUUCCUACUCUGGAUCCUCUACUCGUUGAAUGCAACCAUUACCCAGCUCCGCGUUCGCAAACAACGGUACAAGCUCUCCAUGUUCGAGACUCUGUACAAGAUCCUUUUGUUCACCGUCCUCAUUAUCGCCAUCUUCUUCGUUGUUUCAACCAUGAGCUUUACCGGCCGUCUCGCCGAGGAUUAUUCUGCAAAAUCUUGGGAGUCCCGUUGGUGGUUACUGGACGGCUGGCUGGCCCUGCUCUAUCUUGUUGCCUUCUCGGCCAUCGCAUACUUGUGGAGGCCGUCUGCCAAUAACAGAAGACUGGCCAUGUCCGAUGAGAUCGCGCAAGACGAGGAGGAUGCUGAAGACUACGAUCUUGAGUCGAUGGGCCAGCGAGGUAGAAUAGCAGACGAGGACGAUGAUGACACCGCCACCUUGGUCAACUCGCGUCGCGGUCCCGUGGCAGAAGACCAGGUCGUUUUCGAAAUCGGAGAUGAAGAUGCUGGCAGUGAUGACGAAGAGGAGGCCAAGAAGCGGCGUCGCAGACUGUCUGGGGAGCACGCUCGUGGUGGGGAGGACGAGAGGCGGGGUUUGAUGAACGAGGGUCGAGAAGAGUGA